CAAACUAUAAGUAAUGAUUAUGUUGAAAUUGCAUCCAUAAUUUCAUAAUUUUUACAUAAUUUUUAUUUCAGAAAGAACACGGUUACUUCACAUCAUUUUCGUCGCCGAUUGGCUGAUUUGAACAAUGAAGGAAGCAGAGGGGAUGUUUUAUGAACGGAAGAAGACUAGGAUUUGAGGUGAGAGAUUGAACACUCGUUUCCUUUUCAAUGUAUUUUGAUAGAUAUUUACUUCAGAUAUAAAAUAGAUACUUCAGGUAUAUUUUGUUAUAAAAGAUUUUGAUGUGAUGGAAAGAAAUCGAGUAACUUCCAGGCUUCGACCCCGACCGUAUGAUCUGAGACGAAAAGUUCUUCUAAAAAAUUUCUUCCGAGAACAAAUGACCUAUAUUCCACACAUACGCAGUACAGAUGAAGUAUCCUUAGAUGCAAGCGGUGAUUCUGAUUUUGAUGAAAAUGAAUCGAAUUCAAAUACAAACGAAGGAAAUGUUUUGACUCCGAAGAAAGUAGAGGAUAAUAUUGUCACAACAGCAUCUAUGUCAGAGCCUGUUCCUAGUACUUCUAAUUGCUGUGAAAAAGAAAAUUCUCACGACCUGGAGAGUUUUUCCAAUGAACCUUCGUCAAAUGUGACUAAAAUGGAUGAAAAGCCAACUUCAAAAUUUCCUCGACUUUCGCGUAUCAUUGAGACAAUCGACUCUCAUUUAUCAAAGAAGAAUCGAAGGAAAGGCAUCAUAAAAGCAAAACAUGAACUUCGAGCUUGCAAAAGCAUUCUGAAACCUACUGGCAUGAAAACAGUAAAGGAUACUGAAGGUUCUGCCAGAGUGAAAGCUAAAUCAUUUUUUGAAAGAUUUAAAUCUCGACGUGAUAAAAAACGCAACAAAAUUCCAACAUCAAAGAUAAGCAAUUUAUUUGGUUCCCGAAAUCAAUCCCCUGCGAAAUAUGAUUCCAAAGUUUCUACCACUUCAACAAAAUCUGUUCAAACUGAUGUAAGUUGGUCACCAGAUCGUUAUCAAAAUAUAGAAAUAUCAAAUAUAUCCUUACGUGCAGAAAAUAGAUUGCUUUCUGAAAGCUUAUCUAGUAUCAUUAUUAAUACAGAUUUUAUAUCAGAUUCCUCACAUAAUUCCCUUUGCACAGAUUCUUAUACUAACAGCAAUUAUAAUUCAACAGCAUAUAAUGCUGAACAGAUACCAUUAACUGUAACUAAUGGUAAUGGAAGUAAUUCUAGGCAAACUGGCUUCUCAGGAACUAGAAUUUUGCGUUCAAAAUCAAUGCAAGAUGAAAAGAGAAGUCAAGCCCCUUCUCAUCUUCGAACAAGAAGCUUCAAUUUCCGAGAUAUAAAAAGACCUUAUACAUAUAAUGCUGAACAGAUACCAUUGACUGCAACUAAUGGUAAUGGAAGUAAUUCUAGGCAAAAUGGCUUCUCAGGAACUCGAAUAUUGCGUUCAAAAUCAAUGCAAAAUGAAAAGAGAAAUCAAGUCUCUUCUCGUCUUCGAACAAGAAGCUUCAAUUUUCGAGAUAUAAAAAGACCUUAUACUUGUGAUACUUUAGUUGCAAAUGAACCAUAUCAUUCUAAACAAGGACAUUAUAAAGUAAAUCAUAUUGCAAGUACUAAUCCAGUAUGUGCCAAAACAAGACUUUCAAUUCUUCAGAGAAUUGAUGCCUCUCCUUUGUAUAAUACAAAUACUUCAUCUACUUUGAGAAUUUUGUCUAAUAAAUCAGGUAAAACCAUAAUUAGGCGUUCUUCAAUGCCAGAAAAAGUAUACAGUUGUAAUAAUCAAGCACGCCCUAUUAAGUCAAGUAGCAUGCGGGAAAGUAAUUGUUAUUCACGGGUAUCAUCAUCUCAGUCUUCACAUCGUCGGUCUAACUCUUAUAAAGGAUAUCCUUCUUCCGUGCCUUUUCAAGAUCUUCCAGCUGAAACCUUCUAUUAAGAACCCAAGACUAUCAUUUUUGGAUGAUUUUGCUUCAUUUGAAGAGUAAUAUGCAAUGAGUAUAUUGAGUGUAUUUAUGAAGUUCUUUGUUGCAUUUUGAUUGUUGGCUUAUUUCAUGCAUUGUAUUUCAAUUCUCUUUUUUGCUUGUUAAUUUGUAUUAUUUUGAUUCAAAAACUUAUUUGUUGUUCAGUUUUGUAGAAUAUCCUAAUAUUAACUCUGCACUUUUGUUGAUAUUCAUUUAUAGGUUGUAUUAAUAAAUAAAGUGUAAACAUUUUCUCUCCGCUAUAAUUUGGUGUAAGUGUAAAGGAUGUCCGUAUCUUAAAGAAGACAGCAUGUAACUUUAAAUAAAAUUUGUAUUCAUUUCACUUAUUACAUUUUGAGUAUUUGCAUAUUAAAUUAAUGCUAUUGGCGAAUUUUAGGCUUGACUGUAAGCUAUAUGUCAUUG